AUAUCCAACAUCACGCGAGACAAUUACAAAAUAACGCUGAAAGUUGCGAAUAAUGUACGAGGUGCGAAGUUUUCCAUAGCAAAAUGGCGUUCGAGAGUGAGGAUGAGCUGCGUGCGGGUGAAAACUUUAUCCUCAAGCUGUUUUGUAAGACGUUUUCCAAGACGGUUCUGGUUUUCAGCGAGUUGAACAACUUACAGAGACGCGUGAGGAACUUUAGGAGACGAGUUAAUGAAGAACUGGAAAACAGUAGGGCUGAAUAUAAUGCGGCUACUCGCCGACGAUGGAGACGCUACAUGAAGCUAAAGGCUAUAAUGACAACCUGUGCUUUGCGGCAAAGCCAAAGAAAAGCGUGGAAGCUGGAGCGGCCACACGGACAGGUGUUUUGGUCAAGUGUUCUGAACAACUUCGACGAUAAGCAGUGGAAAGAACACUUUAGCAUGUCGCGCAGUACUUUUGAAUACGUGCUACAACUUGUGAAAGACACAUUGAAACAAAAAACAACUCGCUGGCGAAAACCCAUCGAACCUCGGCGGAGACUGGCUGUUACUUUAUGGUGGUAUGCUACACCCAGUGAGUACCGAACCAUCAGUGGCCUGUUUGGUGUCGGGCUCUCCACCGUGUGCGUGUUGGUGCGCCAAGUAACAGCAGCGUUGAAAUCCACCCUCCUCGAACGUUUUGUCCGCUUGCCAGAAGGCGAGCGUCUGGAGCAAGCUCUCCAAGGGUUUGCCGGACGAGGUUAUCCAAUGUGUGCUGGUGCCAUCGGUGGGACUCACGUUCCUGUAAUUGCUCCGAAGAAAGACCACGCUGCUUAUUUCAACCGAAAAGGGUGGCAUUCCAUUGUGAUGCAGGCUGUUGUGGAUCACAAGUCCUGCUUCACAGACAUAUAUGUAGGAUGCCCUGGUAGUACGCAUGAUGCAAGAGUGCUGGCCGAUUCCCCGCUGUAUAAAAGGGCAGAAGAUCAAGCUGGGUAUUUGUUUCCUCGUGAGAUGUCCACGAUGGUUAACGGGGUGGAAGUUCCUGUGCAUUUGAUAGGAGAUCCUGCUUAUCCUUUGACCAAGUGGCUGAUGAAUGGCUUCACUAAUCACCAUUGCCUCACUCCUGAGCAGCAUAACUUCAACUACCGCUUAAGCUCUGCACGAAUGGUUGUGGAAAAUGCCUUUGAUAGAUUAAAGGGCCGAUGGAGGUGUCUGCUGAAGUGCAAUGUCAUCAACGUUGAAUUUAUUCCAGACAUUGUGGCAGUCUGUUGUAUCCUUCACAAUGUGUGUGAGCUCAAGAAGGACACUUUCUUACCGAACUGGAACAUAAAUUCCUAUGAAGGUCCACAACAGCCUGCUACAGAUGUGUAUCAGGGGGAAGUAGUGCCUGGUGCACAAGCUAUUCGUGAGGCUAUGAUGUCAAUUUUGUAAAUGUGACAGUAGUUUUAAUUUUUUUGGUUUGGUUGUGCAUUUCAGCAAACCACACAAUUGUAGGUAUAAAAAUAACUAAUA